GUGGCUAAAAAAAAAACAAAAAAAACAACACGGACACUUGGCUGUCUGUUAACAAACAAGGUUACACAGUUAUCUGAGAGGUAUAUAUGACAUCUAGUUUGUUUGAAUGCAAAAUGCAAAAUAAUGUGCCUACUUCCUGGACUCGCCUGGUGUCCUGAACAUACCUUAUCUUACUCGGCAGACCCCUCUGGAGGGGACAGGCGUUUAUAUUAGCUAGUCCGGCUCGUUAUGCUGUUACUAGCUAACAGUUAGCUGCUCGCUUGUCUGCUUGCUAGCUGAAGGCGUUAACAUUUGGCUGCUGUGCUGUCGUUUUAUCCUCGUUUGAGACCUUAUUUAGUCGAAAUAUUGUCAGGUUAGCCAGCCAGAGGCAGUCUAAUUUUAGCCCCUGUAGUGCCUGUCUGUCGUCCAGCUGGCAGACUGCUUCCUCAUGCUAACAGCCUUGCUGCCUGCUAACAUUAGCCGCCUGUAAAACAUCUGUUGUUGUAGUCAAGAGUUAAAUCAACUUGAGGUUUGUCGGACGUGGUUCACCGUUUUGCGAUGGCUUCGUGUGUUUUUGUUCCGUUUUUUUAAUCGCCUCUGAAAGGUCAAACGUUUGUUGCUGCUGCUCUUUUUUUUUUAGAUACACCGUGUUUCUCUUUGGCUGAAUUAGCAAACAACAAAGCAGAGUAAUUUAAUGUUCUCUGAGAGGUCUGAAAACCUUAUUCAACUGAAUCAACGACUGGACAAAUAAGGCCGUGUGGCUACAUGCCAUGAAACAGCCUGAUGCACGAUGUGAGCUGUGAGACAUGUAAAAGCCUUUUGACAAGUGGUUGCUGAUAUGGUGGACCUGAGACUGACCCUCAGGAGCCCCCAGUCUCACUUCUCUAUGAGAGUCUGGGGAAUAUGUUGCCCCAGAUUAUGGAUCUAGGACAUCUUCUUCCAUGAGUUUCCAAUUUCACAGCGUUUCAAUCUAACAGCUGUAAGGAACAUGGAGAGGGAAGCAGCUGAGAAGGAGAUGGAGGGUGUUACAGACACUGACGAGGAGAUCCCUGAUGGUGAUUCUACCUUAGUGACUAAAUCUAGUCAGUGUGAGGCCAGAGAGACUGAUGAUGACUGCGAGCAGGAGGACAAAUCAGCCCGUCUCAAAUCUCAGGACACGCCAAACCCAGCCACUCCACAAGACUCUGGAAUAGGUGAAGUAGAGUAUUGUGGAUCUGUAGAGGCCAAAGAGGAUACUGAGGAGGCUUCAGAUGGUUUUGAGCAUGACAGCGCAGCAGAUCAUGAGAACUCGCAGGUUAUAAGUCAAGAAGAAGAUGAAUCUGUGAAGGAGCAGCACAUGAAUGGAGAGUCUGGCUGGAGGAACGUGGGAAGCGGACGUAAGUGCAAACUGAAGAGCAGUGGUUCUUUUUCAGAACAGAGCAGUCAAAGUGCAUUUGCCUCUGUUCAAAAAGGCAACGUUAUGUCCAGUGGUGGCCGGCACAAGCAGACCCGCAGACGUAACCACCACCACCAUCAGCAGAACCGGGGCCGCAGGCGGACAGGCAACCAGCUCGUCUUAGCUUUCAAGGAGAUGCUGUCAGAGUCUCUCAGCUUCUGGUGCAUCUCUUGCGUCCACAUGAUGAUUGAGAUUAUUGUCACAUUAACUCACAAUUGUGGAGUCGGUGUGGAGACUGGAGGGGUGAAACUUUACAACUUUGGGCAGCAGCUCCUUUUAAAGAUUACAGAUAUACCUGGGAUGAAGGCAGACGCUAGUCGGAUUCUGAAGUGGACUAAAUGCGCAGGAGCCAACCUGUUGGAUAAAAUUGUUAGGUCAGUGAAGUUGGUAAAGACAGUUGCCUUAUCUUGUUUCAAACUUUGUUGUGCUUUAGUUAUUCUUGGGUCCCAGUGGGCAAAGGGUGUGUUGGUCCGUCUUGGUGGAGAGCGGGGAAAACGCUACUGGACAGCAUUUCAGGAGUCAAGGUUUUGGAAGAGGGUUGCGUCCUUGUUGGAGAGAGUACGAAGCCGAUUCAGGAGAGAUGGCCACGUACCACCAUCCAUGCCUGAGUCACCCGGCAGAGCAGGGAGAGGCCAGUCGGGCCAGGAGCUGGAGAGACUGCUGGCCUUGGCCGAGGUGCCGGAGGACGAGCUCGACCCCUUUACAGUGCUCGGUGUGGAGGUGCACGCCACUGAGGCUGAGCUGAAGAAGGCCUACAGACAGCUGGCUGUCCAGGUCCAUCCAGACAAGAAUAAACACCCACGAGCUGGAGAGGCGUUCAAAGUACUGAGGGCUGCCUGGGAUAUUGUCAGUAACCCAGAGACACGACGAGAGUAUGAGUUGAAACGCAUGGCAGCAACCGAGCUCUCAAAGUCCAUGAAUGAGUUUCUCACUAAACUGCAGGAUGACCUGAAGGAAGCCAUGAACACCAUGAUGUGUACCAAGUGUGAAGGCAAACACAAGCGGUUCGAGAUGGAUCGAGAACCUGCUGAGGCCCGGUUCUGUGCUGAAUGCAACCGUUGCCAUAGCGCUGAGGAGGGGGACCUGUGGGCCGAGUCCAGCAUGUUGGGCCUACGCAUCACAUACUUUGCCUGUAUGGAUGGCAAGGUCUAUGAUAUUACAGAGUGGGCAGGUUGCCAAAGAAUAGGCAUUUCCCCUGACACACACCGUGUACCCUAUCACAUCUCCUUUGGUUCAAAGAACAACAGCAACGCCACACGACACAGGACUCCCUCGGAGCACGCCACAGGUCCGACCAACCCCGCCGAUUUGCAGGACUUCUUCAACCGCAUCUUUAAAGGAGGACCUCCUAAUGACAUGGCUGCCAAUGGGGGCUUCUUCCCCUCAGGUCCGCCUCACCAUCACCCGCCUGGUGCUGGAGCGCCCCCGUUCUCCCCUCCCCCAGGCCAGACAGGUUUCCACAUGCCGGGGGGUCAACGGCCAGAGUCCAGCGAGACGUGGGCUGAAAGCGGCAAACCACCCAGGAGGAGGAAGAAGGUCCGGAAGCCCUUCCAGAGGUGAAGUCUGUCGACUUCUCAGAGCAUCAACAAAGAAACACAGGGACACAAUAAAAAAUGGCCAUGUUUGUCUCUCGCCUGCCUGUUGGCAUGCCAAGAUCUGAACUGCAGAAGAUUCAUGUGGGUAAAGCUGCACUCAGAUCAGCCAGAGAGGAGAGAGACUGGAUCAUAAAGAGGAGCCUGUGGACUGAAUACAAGUAUUGAAGGAGAGCUGAAGAGGUGGCAGUGAUGGUGCUUUACCUCUCAUUUCACCUUAUUUUUUGUUGGUCUUUAAGACAACUGUAGCCUUGGCAUUGAAAUCCUCAUCAGGAUGCUGUAACGAAACAUUUUCCUUUCAUAAUUUCCUGCCAAAUCCUGCAAUGCAUGAUUUAUUCACCUGCUUUUUAACACUUCAGUUCUCUCACUUUUGUUGUUAAUGUUUUGUGAAAGGUUUUUUUCUUUUUUUAAGACACUGACUUCUGUUGAAGAGGGUUGCAGUCAGCUGGACUGUGAUUUGUAGAUCACUAUAAUCGACAUGAAGGAGAUAAAGGUCUGAGCAGCGUCACUGUGUCAGUGUUACUCAUGUUAGUGGCAUGUGGGUCUACCUCUAGAUCUGCACUUCGCCCACCGUUUUUUUAAGAAAGAAUCCAAACCAGCCAAACCCAACACAACUAAAAUAAAUUUACAAAAACAGCAGCAUAUUUGGAAAACGUGUUCAGUAGCCACAUUUUUAAAGGUGAGCUGAGAGCGGACAGUUUUUACAGUUAAAUCAGGACAUGGUGUGGUUCUCUGGUAGUAGGUACACAGACAGCAGGAGGAGGCAGAAACACUUUUCUCUCGUAUGCAUGGCUUAAUAGAAGUCACAUGCACAUGUAUGACAUUGUCUUGCAUUAGAAAUCCUCUGAGACAACUAGCAUUCAUUCAUAUUUGCCCCAUGUUAUUAUUAUUGUGAACUUAAAAAUUUAGUUAACACAUAAUUAUAUGUGACUUGGAUCUGUAUGUGGUGAAGUUUGCUGAAGUAACAAAUCCUGUUAUCGCUUUAUGAACAUUUGGCCUUGAAAUGUAGCACAGUCACAUACUAAACCCACUCAUCCAGAGUUAUGUUAGAAUUGGUGCUGAUUACCUGUGUGGCGAUUACCAGAGAAUCACUUCCUUCAUGAGAGGACGCUCACUGUAAAAUCAGGUUUGGGGUUUUUUUUUGAUGGCAACAGGCUCAAAAAUAAAAGAAGUUACAUCUCAGACGGCCCAUGUGAACAUGCCUUUUCAGAAGCUGGAGACAUGAACCUGUGAUGCAGGCAGGAUGUUAAACCUGAACACGACGAGAUGAAAAUGAUAGAAGGGCUUUAUUUGUUUUGAGAUGUACAAUUUGAAACAAGCUAAAUCUGCCUGUUGUUCAGGGGCAUUAACUACAGCACAGGUUCAAAUCCCAGAGCAGGAGUGAAUUCGGUGGUGUUUCAAUACUUCAUAGGUGACACCAUGACAUUUUUGAAGUGUUGAUAAAUUUUCAUUACCGUUAAAAAGACCACCAAAUGGAUUCAUACUGCCCCCUGUUGAUCCACUGUGUAACCACACUACUGACCUCUGACGUUUGACGUUGGCCUAUUGAACACACUGGUCACGACCAGAGUUUUCAAUGUUUUGAUAUAGUUUAAAAUCAGACAUUGAGGUAAUUUACAAAUACUGAAGCAAACCUGACCUGUAUGUAAGCUUUUUUUUUUUUAAUUUUCCAUUCAGAACUGUAUUUUGAUCAUACUCUUUCCUCAUGUUGAUCAUUACUGGCUUUACAGUAAAAAGGCAGCAGUUUCAAAACAUGUUGCAUCAUAUAGUGCUUCAAGUUGUUAUUGACAUAACAAUGUCCCAGUUCUUCUGAAUUUUACUCCAUUUUCAUCAAGUUCCUCCUUUUUGUUAAGUGCCAUUUUAUGUCAGCCGUGAUGUUUUGGGG